ACUGUCCACUUCCCCUGGUGACGACUAGUGGCACUACUGUCAACAUGUGUUGCGCGCACAUGGUAUUUCACGUUAUUUUUCUGUGAGAAGCGAAAGAUGGAUAUUGAUAAAAUCCCACAUUACUACGUUGACAGCGUAAGCUUUCGCGUCUUCAGCACAGAGGAACUUCUUAAGCAAAGUGUACUAAAUGUAACGCAAGCAGAAACCUUCGAUGUCGUUGGGCAUCCCACCAAAGACGGACUCCACGAUGCAUUACUCGGUCCCAGUAAUAAAGAUGAGCUAUGUGCAACAUGCGGCUUGGGUUUUAUCGCCUGCCCGGGGCAUAUUGGCCAUAUCAGCCUGCCUCUGGUCAGCUUCAAUCCCAUGUUCUUCAGGACCUUGCAUAAGCUGAUUCGUGGCAGUUGCUUCGGUUGCAAGCGCCUACUCGCUCCUCCGUUCGUGUGCCAGGUGACACUGGCUCAGUUGCAAGUACUGGACUACGGUUGUGUGGGCGCAGUGCAGGAGCUGCAGGAAAUUGCUGCCGUCGCUGAGGACCCAAAGGACCUGGGCCUUGUUCUCAAGAACCGCAUCGAUGCUUACGUGAAGAGCGUCAUUCAGGAGGUGGAUCCCGAAGAGGCUCGCCACACCUCCAGAGUGAAGAACGUGGUGGAGUGUCGGCAACGGUUGAUCAAGGCCUUUGUGCGCGAUCACCUGAUGGGAGCCCCUCGCAAGUGCAUGCAGUGCAAAGCGGUGCGCCCUAACAUGACGGUGCAGAACGAGAGUCGUCUCGUUUUCGCGAGUGGGAUCGAGACUGCAGACAAGAAACAACGCUCGAGGUCAGACGCAGCCGAGGAUGGGGCAGGGCAGACGUACCUGACCCCGUUGGAGGCCCGGAAGCACUUGCGUGCUGUGUGGGAACAGGAGAAGCCCCUCCUCGAACGGCUUUUUGGUGUGCUGUCUCUCUCCUCCCACGAGUGUCCCUUGGACAUGUUCUUCUUGGAGGCCCUUGUUGUACCGCCCACCCGAUUCAGACCAAUGAGCUUCAUGAGCGGCCGCAAAUAUGAGCACCCUCAGACACAAGCCCUGUCGAAGGUGAUCCAGUGUUGCAAUGCUCUCAAGGCUGUCCUCAGGGUCAUGCACCGUGACAACAUCAAAGAAGAGGAAGUCAACGAAGAGGAGAUGCAAAGGUUGCAGCUGAUCGUCGACAAACUGGUGGGCAAAGAUAUCAGUGCGAAACUUCACUUUGCCUGGAAUGCACUGCAAGUUGCCGUCAAUGCGGUCUUUGACAGUGACCUGGAUAAAAUCAACCUGUCCAAGGUUCCAGGAAUCAAACAGAUUCUCGAGAAGAAAGAGGGCCUCUUCCGCAAGCACAUGAUGGGAAAACGUGUCAACUACGCGGCUCGGUCGGUCAUCUCUCCGGACCCGUACAUCGGCGUCGAGGAGAUUGGGGUGCCAAUGGUGUUUGCGAAGCGGCUCUCGUACCCGGAGCCUGUCAACGACCGCAAUGUGACCGACCUCCGCAGGGCGGUCAUAAACGGUCCCAAUGUCUAUCCCGGUGCCCUGCUGGUGGAGGGAGAAAACGGGUCGAUCAUCCGCCUCGACCCAGCGAAUCGGGUGCAGAGGGAGGCAGUGGCGAAGCAGCUGCUGACACCCUCCGAGGUACAUCGCAAGACGUUCAAGCAGUGCAAGACCGUGCACCGCCACCUACGCACUGGGGACAUGUUGCUGCUCAAUCGACAGCCCACAUUGCACAAGCCCAGUAUCAUGGCUCACAGGGCUCGCGUCUUACCCGGCGAGAAGACCUUGCGGCUCCACUACGCCAACUGCAAGUGUUACAACGCAGAUUUUGACGGGGAUGAGAUGAACGCGCACUUUCCGCAAAGCGAACUGGCACGGGCGGAGGCGGAGAUCGUCGCCAACGUCAACAAGCAGUACCUGGUGCCCAAGGAUGGGACUCCGCUCAGCGGCCUCAUCCAGGACCAUGUGAUUGGUGGCUCCCUACUCACCAUGAAGAGCCGCUUCUUCGAUCGCCAGGAUUACAACGGGCUGGUCUUUGGUGCCCUGCCCUCGGUGGGAGCGGCGGUGAAGCUGCUGCCCCCUGCGCUGCGCAGGCCCGUGCCACUUUGGACGGGCAAACAGGUGCUGUCUACGGUACUUAUCAACUGCAUACCCGAGGACAUGCCUCCGCCAACUGUUGAGGGGAAGUCUAAAAUUCCUGCCAAGGCUUGGGGCAUCACUGAGAGAGACGAAAAAUUGAGUGAAGGUCAAGUGAUCAUCCGUGAUGGAGAACUGCUGUGCGGCAUCCUGGACAAGGCCCACUACGGCCCAACCCAGUUUGGAUUGGUCCACAUCUGUUACGAGCUGUAUGGCGGCACGACGUCCAGCCUGGUGCUGACCGCAUUCGCCCGUCUCUUCACCCAUUACCUGCAACUGCACGUGGGAUUCACUCUCGGCAUUGAGGACAUUCUCGUCACUCGCAAGGCCGAUAGGAAACGCACUAAGAUAAUGAAACAGGCCAGGAUGGAGGGCGACAGUGUGGCCAAGAAAGCGCUGGGCAUCGAGGACGGAGCGGCCAACCUCAAGGGUCGCUUGCAAGAUGCCCACCUGGCACGGGAAGAUCGGCAGAUGAAGCAGCUGGACGCUUCGAUGAAGUCUCACACAGAUCAAGUCAACAAUGACAUUAACAAGGCGUGUAUCCCAGAUGGACUGCUGAAGAAAUUUCCAAGCAACAACCUUCAGUUGAUGGUACAGUCUGGCGCAAAAGGAGGCAUGGUGAACUGCAUGCAGAUCUCCUGCCUGCUGGGCCAGAUAGAGUUGGAGGGGCGUAGAGUUCCCCUCAUGGCCAGUGGGCGUACCCUCCCCUCUUUCCUUCCUUACGACACCUCCCCGAGGGCCGGAGGAUUCGUCGACGGCCGAUUCCUUACCGGGAUCCGACCGCAGGAAUUCUUCUUUCACUGCAUGGCUGGACGUGAGGGUCUGGUGGACACUGCAGUGAAGACAAGUCGCAGUGGCUACCUGCAGCGCUGCCUCAUCAAGCAUUUGGAAGGGCUCAUGGUUUGCUACGACCAGACAGUGAGAGACAGUGACGGAAGUGUUAUUCAGUUCCAGUACGGCGAAGAUGGCUUGGAUGUGCUCAAGAUGCAGAUGCUGAAGGUGGGCCAGUUCCCAGUGCUAGUCAAGAAUAGCGAGGCAGUGCUUAACAGGGAGAACCUGGAGAGAUGCAUGAGCUUGACAGACGCGGAUGCACUGCGCUCUGCUAAGAAAGCCGUUAGCAAGUGGAAGAGGAAGUUGAGGAAGAAGACAGUAAUGAGGGACAGUGCCUUCACCAUGUUCUGUCGUGAUAUGGGACAGGACGUCGGACGGGAGGAGCUCUGCGACAGGUUCUUUAACCUGGAUCAAGAUGAACGCUGGCAGUUUGAAAAGAGUGUGGUGCGUCACCCGGAUCCCGUUUCCUCGGUUGUAAGGAGUGACCUGAACCUCGGGGCAGUCUCCGAGAGGAUGGAUGCCCUGAUCGAAGACUACAUCUCUCGCAAUCCUCACUCUCUCCUAGUGGACUCUGAGGGAGAGAGAAAGACGCUUACGAGCGAGGACUUCCGUAAUCUUCUCUACCUGCGCAAUAUGCAUGCUGUUUGUGAUCCUGGGGAGCCCGUUGGUCUGCUCGCAGCUCAGAGUAUCGGAGAGCCAUCCACCCAGAUGACCCUCAACACUUUCCACUUUGCUGGACGAGGUGAAAUGAAUGUCACGCUGGGGAUCCCUCGUAUGCGAGAGAUCCUCAUGGUGGCCAGUGCCAACAUUGCCACGCCGACCAUGGAUUUACACCUUCUGCCCGUGCCGAACGUUGAGGAGCUGGCGGACAACCUUCGCAUCCGCAUCACCUCCGUUAAGUUGGCCCAGGUCUUGGAAUGUGUCGAUGUCAGAGAGUCCCUUGUGGUCAAAGGGAAGACGGAACGGUACCGUCACUACAGAGUGCACUUCCGGUUCCUGCCUCGUAAGGCGUACCGCAAGACACUGUGUGCAUCACCUCAAAGGAUACUGCGCUACAUGGAAAUGGGAUUUCUGCGAAGGUUGCUCGAUGCAAUCAAGAGGAAGCUGGAACACGUUUCCUCUACAAAGAUGCUGAAGUUUACGUCAGCCCGCGAGCACAAGUCUGUUGAAAAUGAGGGUGCGGAUGAGGCCGCAGGCCAGCAGCUCCCCGUAGAGGAUGAUGGGGGGGAAAGUUCGGAUGAAGGAGAAGGGGAGGGUGACACUGUUGAUGCCAAAGCACGCAGUAGACAUGCUCAGGAACAGGAGUAUGAAGAAGCUGAAGAUGAGGAGAGAGAGGCACAGUCUGAUGCAGAAGAAGAAGAAGAGACGCCAGAGGACGGUGCAGGCGUUGAGGAUGAUACAAAGGCGCCUAGCCCACUUCCCAUCGAGGAACUUGACAUUGUGCAGACUAGGGCUAAGGCUGUCCGAGUGAAUUCUGUGCUUCAGUCUCACCCCUGGAUGGUUGGUUAUGACUACGACACUAAGAAGGAGGGGUGGUGCACCUACACAAUACGGUUGAACCUGAUGGGCAGCAAACUGGACAUGACCUCCCUGGUGGAAGAAGAAGCGAAGAAGGCUGUACUUCAUGCCGUCCCAAACAUAACACGAGCGUUUAUGGUCAAGGACACCAAGGACACCUCGGGCUGUGGAAAGAUGCUCCAGACAGAGGGGGUGAACUUUGUGGAAAUGUUCAAGUAUUACAAUGUUGUCGACAUGCGAAGGAUUUACAGCAACGACAUCCACGCCAUUGCAAAUACGUUUGGCAUCGAAGCUGCACGUAUGGCCAUUGUUAGGGAAGUGGCCAACGUGUUUGCAGUGUACGGCAUUGAAGUGGAUCCGAGGCAUUUGCUACUAGUGGCGGACUAUAUGACCUUCGACGGCACCUACAGGGCUUGCAACCGAAUCGCCAUGGAGAACAACGCAUCUCCGCUACAGCAGAUGACCUUUGAAACCACCAUGAAUUUUCUUAAAUCGGCCACCUUGUCAGGUGUUCAAGAUCAGCUGAAGUCCCCCUCGUCACGGUUGGUGUUAGGUCGUGUGGUCACUUUGGGGACCGGCUGCAUGGACCUUAGGAACAGUCUUUGAUAGAGACUUUUGUGAAAAUUAAAAAAAAAAGUUGUGUAAAUAAAUAUUUCCUUAUCAAAACA